AUGGAUUUCGUCAAGAACCUCGCCGGUGGCAACAACAACAACGCCAACAACACCGAGGGCCAGCAAGCUCCUCCCGAGGCUGGCGGCAGCUUCAUGGACAAGGUCAACGGAAUGGCUGGCGGUGGCGCGCAGGGCGAAAAGAACGAGGAUGGCCUUGACAAGGCCGUCGACUUUGUGCAGGAAAAGUUCCUCGGCGGAGGCGAUCAGAGCAACGAGAGCGCCGCUGAGCAGGCCAAGGACGAGGCUAUUUCCGAUGCCAUUCGCGACCAGUACAAGAGCGCCACAGGCAGCGAAUUCCCCAUCUCCGACUCGGACAAGAAAUAUGGAGCUUAA